AUGAACGAAACAGAGAACCUUACACAGAUUAUAUGUAUUCAGGAAAGACUGAAAGAUAAGGAAAGUAAAAUAGUUAGUAUGAACGACGUGGAAGAGCAAAAGAUAAUAGAUGAUCAUACGAUAACAGAAAUUGUUGAAGACUUAAAUUUAUUAAAAGAUGUAAAAAUAAAUAAAGAUAUUUUGAAGCAAACCAAAAUAGGAAUAACUGUUAAUAAAUUCACAAAAGUAAAUAAUAAUGAUAUACAAAAUAUAUCAACAGAGCUUAUUGAAAAAUGGAAAAAUAUUGCAAUUAAAGAAAAAAACUCCAAAAGUGUAGAGAAUUUAAAAAAACGAAAAUCGGAAAAAGUGGAUGAUAGUGUUAAUAACGCAUGUUUAAAUGAAUCUGAAAUAAAAAAAGUAAAAGUUCAGAAUACACUAAAUAAUAAUUUAGAGGAAGAUAUUCAUAAAUCUAAGGGGAAUAAUAAAACACAUAGUUACAGUUAUAAUGAUAAUAAAUAUAUGAAUAAUAAUAAUAAAUGUGAGCAGCAAGAUAAUAACAAAAAUAGCAAAGUGAGUGAUCAAAACAGUUAUCAAAAAAAUAAUGAAGGUACUUAUAUUAAUGCUGAUAUAAAAGCUUUGAAUGAAUGGAAUUACAAUGGAAAAUUUCACAAUGAUGUUCACCGAGAUAAGGCAAAACAGUUUUUAUUUAAAGCAUUUCUUUCUGGUUCUGAUGAUAAUUUGUUACAUCUAAUUGAUCGGAAGAAGUUAAAUGAUAUCAUAUAUAAUAUAGAAAAUGAAUUACACCGAAUUUUUAUUGAAAAAAAAGAUUCUCAGAAAGAAUAUAAUAUGCAAUUAAAAUCAAUAAAGUUUAAUUUAUGUGAUAAGAAAAACCCUAUUUUUAAUGAAAAAGUAUAUGGGGAAAAUAUAUCAGCAAGAACAUUAGCAACCAUGAAUUCGCAGGAUAUGGCUAGUGAUGAAAAAAAAAAUGAACGAAAAAAAUGCCUACAAGAAAGUUUAUUAGCAUGCCAGUCCGACUGGGAUGUUAAGAACAUUCUUUUAAAAAAAACAAGAAAAGGAGAAUUUCAAUGUUUCAAAUGUAAAGGGUAUGAAACCGUGUAUCAUCAGUUACAAACCAGAAGCAGUGAUGAACCCAUGACUACCUUUGUAACAUGUUUAAAAUGCAAUAAUAGGUGGAAAUUUUAA